AUGAGGUCUUUUACUCUCUCCUUGCUUCUUCUUCUUCUUCUUAUUGAUACUCCAUCUUCCACUUGUUCAUCGGUGUUGCCACUAUGCAACCACCAUGACAACUCAAACCUACUCCAAUUCAAGAACUCAUUUGCCAUCAAACCUUCAUCGUACAAUGAUUGGGCGUGCUCCUCUUCUUAUUCCAACAGCAACAAGACAGCGUCGUGGAACAAUGGUACGGAUUGUUGCGAGUGGGAUGGUGUCACGUGCGACACCACAUCAGGUCACGUGAUUGGCCUUGACCUCAGUUGCAGCAUGCUUCAAGGCCAAUUUCAUCCGAACAGCACACUCUUCCGUCUCACGCAUCUUCAACAACUCAACCUUGCCUUCAAUCACUUCUCCGACUCUCCAAUAUAUCCCGAAAUCGGUAAUCUUGUGAGUCUCACCCAUCUCAAUCUAUCCACUUCAGCAUUGGGUGGUGAUAUUCCGUCCACAAUCUCACACUUGUCUAAAUUACUCUCACUUGAUCUCUCGUAUAAUGAUGAACUGACACUUGAUGAAUCCACAUGGAGCACACUCAUUGGUAACACCACUAACUUGAAUGAGCUACUUCUAGAUUACGUAGACAUGUCUUCCCUUAGAGAAACUUCAUUGUCUUCGCUGAUGAAUUUGUCAUCCUCUUUGCUGUCCUUGAGACUUUCUGACACUGGAUUGCAUGGAAAAUUUCCAACUGACGUACUUGGUUUUCCUAAUCUUGAAGAACUAAGUUUGUUACUGAAUGAAGAGCUGAAAGGUGAACUUCCAAAGUCCAAUUGGAGCACUCCUCUAAGGAUCUUGGAUCUCUCUUACACAGUAUUCUCAGGAGAAAUACCUGAUUCCAUAGGCCACCUGAAGUCUCUUAACCAACUACGGCUACAGUUUUGCCGAUUUGAUGGGUUAAUUCCUGUGUCUUUGUGGAACCUCACUCAACUAACACAGUUGGACCUUUCAGGAAAUAGACUUCAUGGUGAGAUUCCAUCUUUGCUUUCAAACCUCAAACAUCUCACCUACUUAGAUCUUAGUGAUAAUACGUUCAGUGGUCACAUCCCAGAUGUGUUCGACAACUUCACUAAAUUAGAUACCUUGGAACUUUCUUCUAACAGUCUAGGAGGCCAACUGCCACUAUCACUUUUUCGUCUAUCCCAACUUUUUAGUUUAAAAUUGUCAUAUAAUAGCUUAGCAGGCCCAAUCCCAGGUAAAGAUACUAAACUCUCAAAAAUAAAGUACCUAUUUUUGGGUAAUAAUUUAUUAAAUGGGACAAUUUCAAAUUGGUGUUAUUCUUCGCCUUCAUUGACAAAUCUAGAUCUCGGGCACAAUAACCUCGUAGGACUGAUAGGGGAAUUCUCGACUUAUUCUCUGAAUUCGUUGGUUCUCUCUAAUAACAAAUUUCAAGGUAGUUUUCCAACUUCAAUAUUUAAAUUGAAAAAUCUUAACACUUUGGAUUUAUCUUCAGCUCAUUUGAGUGGUCAUGUAGAUUUUCGCCAACUUUCAAAGCUCAAAUCUUUACUUUCUCUUGAUCUAUCUCACAAUAAUUUUCUCUCUAUUAACCUUGACGACAAUGUUGACUAUUUUUUACCUAACCUUACUAGGUUUCGUUUAUCCUCGUGUAAGAUUACAAAAUUUCCUAGAUUCCUAGGAAGCAUUCAAGAUCUAAAAGUACUAGACCUUUCUAAUAACCAAAUUGAAGGGGUGAUUCCCAAAUGGUUUAAUGACAAGCUCUUGUACAAAUGGAAGAACAUGGAGUUCAUUGACCUCAGUUUCAACAGGCUGCAAGGAAAUAUUCCAAUUCCAUCAUAUGGCACCUAUUAUUUCUCAGUUUCAAAGAACAACUUUACAGGAGGCAUUUCUUCAACAAUAUGCAAUGCAAGCUCCCUCAAUAUGCUAAUCCUGUCUCACAACAAUUUGAAUGGCAAGAUUCCGCAAUGUUUAGGAACCAUUCCUUUCCUCCAGGUUUUGGAUUUGCAAAUCAACAACUUUUAUGGAAGCAUACCUGGAAACUUCUCCAAGAAGAAUGCUUUUGAGACUAUAAAGUUGAAUGGCAACCAAUUAGAGGGACCAAUACCACAAUCGUUGGCUCAGUGCACAAAUCUGGAAGUUCUAGACCUCAGUGACAAUAACAUAGAAGAUGCAUUUCCCAGAAGGCUAGAAGCUCUUCAGGAAUUACAGGUACUCAGUUUACGAAAUAACAAAUUUUAUGGUACCAUUACUUGUUUGAGUAGGAAGCAUCCAUUUCCAAAGUUGAGAAUUUUUGAUGUGUCUAAUAACAAGUUUAGUGGCCCUUUGCCAAUGCAAUACUUUCAAGAGUUUCAAGGAAUGAUGGCUCGGAAUGAUAAUAGUCAAACUCGUGGUUUGGAGUAUAUGAGCACUAUUGCUAAUACGACCAGUGUACCAUAUAAUGACUCUGUUGUGAUCAUUAUGAAAGGUCAAAUGAUAGAAAUGUCAAGGAUAUUAACUAUUUUCACAACCAUAGACUUGUCAAAUAACUUAUUUGAAGGAAAAAUCCCACAAAUUCUUGGAGAAUUGAAUUCUCUCAAAGGGCUUAACCUUUCACACAACAAAAUCAGUGGUAUGAUUCCACAAACUUUGGGAAAUUUGACAAGUUUGGAAUGGUUAGACCUCUCACGGAACCAAUUGAAAGGUGAGAUACCUUUGUCUUUGACAAAUUUAAAUUUUCAGUCUGUCUUGAACCUUUCUGAGAAUCAGUUAGAGGGAAUGAUACCAACAGGAGAACAGUUCAAUACAUUUCGAAAUGAUUCCUACAAAGAUAAUCCAAUGCUCUGUGGAUUCCCUUUGUCAAAGUCAUGCGGCAAUGAUGAAGAACAACCAGCGUUUCCUGAGGUAAAAGAAUCAUUAUUUGGGUGGAAGUCAGUUGCAGUGGGAUAUGGAUGCGGAGUGGUAUUUGGAAUGUUCCUUGGAAAGUUGUUCAUCAAGACUGCUAAACCCUUGUGGCUUGCCAGACUUCUUUGUCGCUAUACUUAACAAAACAUGCACAGGAGAUCAAGGCCAUGCAAAGCAUCAUGCUUUUCCUUCUUUUCUCUGUCAUGGGAAUUUUCUGUUUAUGGAAUAAAGUGUGUUAGAUAUCAAGCUUAUGAUUUAUUCAUGCAUACAUCAUUAUAGCUUCGUCAAGAUGUACCACCACUCUUGCAUCGAAAUGAAUGUCAAGAAUGAAAUGAAUUGAGUUAUUUAGUCAAGAAAUUCUAUUCCUAUGUUUUUGUAGCGUGUGUCUGAGAGUGAGAGAAAAAUGUAUAAUGAUGCCAUAUAAGUGGUUUAUGUGAGUGAUAUUGAUAUUGAAGAUAAGGUCAGUCACCAAAGUCAU